CUUCCCCUCCAACUCAGACCCCUCUGCCUCUCUCUCCUCACGAUUUCUCCAUCACAAAAACAUUCUUCGCAGUUAGAACAAAACCUCUCAAAUUUCCCACUCCAUUUUCCAUGGAUUCUUGCAGCACUGUUUCUUCCCCUUUCGACUGUCUAAUGUUUGAUUUGGACGACACUUUGUACUCUUCCAAGACUGGAAUUGGGAAAGCUCUUAAACAGAACGUUCAAGAUUUUCUCGUUGAGAAAUGCGGAUUUUCGGAAUCAGAAGCUCCGGAUGUGAACAGAGAGCUUUUCAGAACUUACGGGAGCUCCUUGGCCGGCCUUCGGGCUUUAGGGUAUGAUAUUAAUCCCGAUGAUUAUCACGGUUUCGUGCACGGAAGAUUGCCGUACGAUUUGAUCAAACCCGACUCUCGGUUGCGUAACAUUUUGCAGUCGAUCAAACAAAGAAAAAUCAUUUUCACAAAUUCGGACAGAAUUCACGCGAUGAAAGCGUUGGAUCGUCUCGGGAUCAGAGAUUGUUUCGAGAAAAUCAUAUGUUUCGAGACGAUGAAUCCGAAUUUGUCGAAGUCCACGCGUCCCGAUGAAUUUCCUGUGGUCUUAAAGCCUUCAAUGGAAGCAAUGAGAAUCGCCAUUGAUGUUGCGGAGAUUGAUCCACGCCGUACGUUGUUUUUGGAUGACAACGUGAAGAAUGUAGCUGCUGGGAAGGCUGUCGGGCUCCGGACAGUUCUGGUUGGGAGUGCAAUAAAGAGCAAAGAAGCGGAUUACGCGAUGGAGACGGUGACAAACAUGGUGCAAGCGAUUCCAGAAAUAUGGGUAUUCAGUGAAGAGAAAGGUGAUGAAAGGAUUAGUCAGAACAGAGCUGAUCAAAUGGAUUCAGCUCUUGCAACCACAACUGUCGGUGCAUGAAACUCUUGUACAUCUUACUACUGUACAUCAUGGGUACUACGUUGUACCAUUUGUACAUUCAGCUCAAUGUAAAUUAUUAUCCUAAUCUUGUUCAAUGUGGACGGACGGACAUGAUAUGUCCACACUCUGCACAUAAAUAAAAACUAAGCAUUAAGCUGAUUUACUUCUAA